AUGAGCAACAAUAGAAGUGUAAACUAUGUGAGUUUUGACGCCCUCCUUCAGUCGACUUGAAGUCAAAUAAAGGCGAAAUGUCCCUUGUUAGAUUUAAUUGAGAGAUAACGAAGAUAUAGAUCAAGGUUUUGUGAGACAUCUUGUUCCGGACGAAGCGAUAAACUUGUUUCUAUUGUAAAAUUUUAAAGAUAUUAGAGCUUCCCUUUAUGAUCGAUUCAAAUUCAGCAGACGCAUCUCUUCAACUACCAAUUGGAACAGAUCAAUAAUCGACUGACUCAACUUUCAACUCUCGUCGUUUUCCUAAUGGCAGGUCUCAGUUUGUUCUUGUUUCUGUUGGCUGUUUUACUGGGAUUCUGUUUGUGGAUACAAUGGAGGAAGCGAAAGCGCUGGACUCGCAUGGGUUUCUACAGAAGGGAUUCGAUUUUGCAGCAGCAUCUGUUGAAAACUGACCAAAACAAUAAAGAUUAG